CGUGAAUAGCGAAUGCCGCUUUGUAAUCAACAAGAGUGGACGCCGGAAAAACAGCAAACCAAGACGCGUUUCUAAGAAGAAAUUUGGGCAUCCGCACAUGUUCACAAUCACUAGAGCAUUUCCAACCAAAUCAGACACGCAGGAGGUGUGAAGGCGAACUGGCCAAACAUUUUGCAGACGACGCUGCUCUAUUAUCGCCAUGGUAACUGGACAAAUUCACCUGCUUCAUGUUUCCUGCUUCUGAUGCUGUGCUGCGGAUUCAAGAAAGGGGUGAGCGAAGAAGAAGGAGGAGGUUCUCUCCGCCGCCGCCGCCGUCGAGGUUCUCCAGCCGACACAGAUGUGGGAUCUUCGCCGAGUGGGUCCCCGAAACGAACUCCCCGACCCGGUCGGAGACUCACUUCCGUCCUAUCGACGCUCAAGAAGUUCGGAAGGCUAGCCACGGGAAGGUCACCUAAGCACAGGGCUCACGAAAACAACCUACAAUCCACAGGUCGACUGAGCGUCAGCCACCCCGACGUGUCCGUGUCCGACUUGGCAGCGCUGGCAGCGUCUUCUCGGACCGAAGCCUGCGAUGACUACAGUGUCGCUUCGUCAGUGCCCGUCCGUGGUGCCUCUACGGCAGCGCUAGCAGACUUCGCCGGUGCCUAUUACUCCGACUCAAGCUUACAUCGAAAAAGACGAACUCCGCCGCCUUCACCGUGGAUCAGAGACCGACGAACGAAGACGCCACCGAGCGAACGUCGCGUCCGCAUGAGCAUCGGUACGGAAGGAACAACGCCUUCGGUUGACGACGACGAUGUAUCCGUCGCCGACACCAGUUCCAUGGCGCUAAGAGAGCAGCUGAGGCCGGCGACGUUAAAAGAACACGACUUCUAUCAACUAGACAUCCACCUACGCUGUGGGAAGAACCUGACUGCCAAAGAUGCUUGCGGUACGAGUGACCCGUACGUGAAAUUCAAGCUGGGUGGCCGUACAGUGUACCGGAGCAGGACGGUGAGCCGUUCCCUGGAGCCCUACUGGGACGAGUGUUUCUCGGUGCCCGUGGAGGACGUCUUCCAGCCGCUCGCGCUACGCGUCUACGACUACGACUUCGGUUUGCAGGACGACUUCAUGGGCGCCGCUCUCAUCGACCUUUCUACGCUGGAACUAGACAGGCCGACGGACAUUUUGGUGAAUCUGAGCGAAAGUGGGAAACCCGAUGAUAUGCCGGUAAAGGAUUUGGGCUACGUCGUCCUCACACUGACAGUCACUCCGAAAACGCACGCCGAAAGGGAACAGUAUUUCAGCAAAAGUCUUCGACUGGGAGCCUCCGGGGACUCCGUGGGAGCGAAGAAAGUGAAGACCCAGGUCUGGGACAGCGUCAUCAACAUCGUCCUGGUAGAAGGACGUAACUUGCUGCCCAUGGACGAGAACGGAUACAGCGAUCCCUACGUGCGAUUCAAGCUCGGAACGGAAAAGUACAAGAGCAAGACGGCCACCAAGACCCUGAACCCUCACUGGCUGGAGCAGUUUGACCUGCACUCGUAUCCGGACCAGCCAAAAACCCUGGAGAUCACAGUUUGGGACAAGGACUUUAGUGGCAAGGGAGAUUUCAUGGGAAGAUGCGCGAUCGACAUCGAGGGAUUGGAACCCGAACAGACGCACUCGAUACGGCAACCCUUAGAAGACGGAGCGGGUUCCCUGUUUCUGCUCAUCACAGUGAGUGGCACUCAGGGCACAAGCUCCGUGUCGGACUUGGGAACGCACGAACCGAGUCUCGUCAAGAAGAGAGCCAUCAUGGCCAGAUACGGACUCCUGCGUAGCUUCACGGACUGGGACGAUGUAGGACAUUUAAUAGUAAAAGUGUUCAAGGCUCAAGGAUUAGCGUCCGCAGACAUUGGUGGCAAGAGCGAUCCCUUCUGUGUAUUGGAACUGGUCAAUUCUCGACUUCAAACGCACACUGAGUACAAGACCCUGUGUCCCGAAUGGAACAAAAUAUUUACAUUCAAAGUAAAAGACAUUCAUUCCGUUCUGGAGCUGACCGUGUACGACGAAGACCGGGACAAGAAAUUCGAAUUUCUGGGCAAGCUCGCUAUUCCACUCAUCAAAAUAAAGAAUGGCGAAAAGAAAUGGUACGCCUUGAAAGACCGAAAGCUCAAAGCCAGAGCCAAGGGUCAGAUAUUAUUAGAAAUGGAAGUCGUCUACAAUCCUCUUAAGGCCUGCGUCAAGACAUUCAACCCCAAGGAAUUGAAGUUCAUGCAAAUGGAUCCAAAAUUCAAACGAGCAGUUUUUAUGCGCAACGUUACCCGUGUCAAGAACAUAGUAGUGUGCGUCUUCGAUCUAGGGAAAUUCCUCAACAGUUGCUUCCUCUGGGAAUCUGUGCCAAGGUCGCUUCUAGCUUUUGCUGCAUUUUUGGUGGUCACGUACACGGCCGAGCUGUACAUGCUUCCGCUUACCCUGCUCUUGGUUUUCCUCAAGAACUUCCUCGUGCUCACGGUAGCAGGCAUUCAGGCGGUCGGAAGGGAAGAGGAAGAGAUGUAUGAAGAUGACGACGAUGACGAUGAGGAUGAAAAGGACUCAAAGACGGAAGAAAAGAGGAGCCUCAAAGAGAGGUUACAAGCGGUCCAGGAAGCCACAGCGACGGUACAAAACGUCCUCGGUGAAGUGGCAUCUCUCGGAGAAAGAAUAAACAACACGUUUAACUUCAGCGUAUCAUUCCUGACUUGGCUUGCCAUCCUCGUCUUAAUUAUAGCCACCUUCAUCUUGUACUUCGUUCCCAUCCGUUACGUCAUAAUGGCCUGGGGUAUAAACAAAUUCACGAAGAAGUUAAGAAGCCCCGACAUCAUUCCAAACAACGAAGUUAUGGACUUCCUUAGUCGAGUGCCUGAUAACGAGGAGAGGACGAUGCACCGGGAGCUCCGACCGAACGUUAGUCCGCCGCUCGAAGCGGAGAAGAGGAAGAAGAAGAAGACGAGCUGAUCCAACCAGUUGUCGCGCCUGUUGGACAAACGGGUGGCCAGACUUGGCUCCAAGUGACGAUGGAAUGCACGAGGGUGCUCUCCUCCUCUGAGUUCCGCUCUCCUGGCCAAUGGAACUCUAGGUUUUUUUUUUUCCUCAUGUUCUUUAUUCCUUGCACCAACGGUCGUCCUUGGGUUCUCAGAUGGCGCGAAUGCUAUGACCUGCCGGUUGGGUCGCUUCAAAACUUUGCGAUUGCGAACGUCCAUGCACAACUUUGAGCGGAAGUUGGGUUAGACACCCUCGAGCCAAUAUCCUGCCUACAUUUGUGGCCUGGUGCCGGUCCAGGUCAGCCUCUGUUAGCUACAGUCCUCCUGGCAGCGCGUGCUCAGUGCGUCUAACGAGAAAGAAAUAGAAGGAUCUUGUGUGUGCUCCGGCUGUGCAACGUACUGCUUGCGACACCCUUGUCUGAAAUCUCGAGCUCCGCUGGUAUCCCUUACCGACAGCCGAGUUGCGAGAAGCCGGCGCCGAGGCUGUCUCUGGCAGAACACGAAGGCUGUCGUCUAUGACAGUCCGCUGAUAGCUACCACGAUCGCUGGCGAGUUACUGUUUUAGUAGGCGACACAACCGGUAUAGGGCAGUGCUUCCCAAACUGUGGUGAUAGAUUCAGCGGAUGGUCGCCAGACGGCUCGGUAACGUGAAAAAAAAAGUUACAGCAAAUUAUGUCCAUAGACCGUACUCUAUGCCCACUAUUCUGGGUGACAAAAAAACUCAUGGUAACGGAUCCGGAGGUCUAACAAACAAGCUCACUUUAUUGAACAGGAACAGCCAUUCCUGCAGCAGUGCGUUGUUGUUGUUUCCAUUUUUAAUUUUUUAUUUUCGAUGGCUUGUAGCCAAGCUCAUUCACUCUGGCUAUAUUAAAGGGGUUGCGACAGGUCAUUCAAGGCUAUUCCAGAUAAAGGAAAAAAAAAACGGUGCUUCGUACCGAUGUGAACCUGCGUUGAAAGUUUCACAGCGAAGACUGAGAAAACGAAACCGAAACUCAUGCGGCUCUGACAUCACAGACCCAACCGUCGCCAGUGAGGCGGUGCACGAGAAGGCACGCGCUUACGGCUUCCAAUAGGAACGGACGCGACUCGGAGAUCUGUGACGUCAGCGCCUUGCUCGGGAGUGCGUUCGAGGGCUUGCAUCUCGCUAAGUACGACACGUGCAAGAAUGAUUCUUUCUUCCUCCGUAUCUGUCAAAUUAAGUUUCAGCGUCAAUAUUAAGUUACGGUUCGUGCACUGAAAUCGGAAGGCAUCACGUAAAGCCGGAGGGAUCGCAGGGUAGCAGAGUUUGGGAAACACAGCGGUAAGGGAUGCUUGCGGAACAGCGCGAGACACGAGAAAGAUGUCAACACGUGGUUGAACGGGAAGGGGGGCUGUGUCGACCACCUUUCGCAUUGAACGCUAAUUUUUAAGCCCAUUUCGAUAAAGUUACGGUCUGGUUUAAUGCUUUUACGCGUCACCAUUACAUGUUGCAACACCUUCUAUAGUUGGAAGGACACGUAAGACGUAUAAAAACGUACGCAACCCUCGAUGAAAGUGCGCAGAAGGUGGAAGAGUGUCCAUAUCAUGCUGACUCAGUUGUGCAGUUGCAGAGCAAUAUGACUUCCGUUGUACAGAUAUGCUUCUAUAUGUCUCGGUGUAUGGUCUCGAUGUUUGGUCUUAAUAUGUUUGCUUCUCUGCUCUUAGGAGAGAGG